UACAUACUGACCCAAAUAAGAGGGAAAUGUUAUCAGGUAUGUUUAAGGGACUAAGUCUUAUUUUGUUUUCUUUGUUGCUUUCAGUCUGGUAAUGUGAGGCUUUAAUGGGGUCAGAAGUUGCAGGACCAGACCCGCACACUCUUAUUGUGAAAAGCAGAGUGAAGUCCACAGCACACCGGUUACAUAAUCUACUGAGUUUACAGGUUACGGCCAUCUGGAGGUGCCUAGUAGACCAGAGAAAGCCACAUAGGAUCACCUGCUUGGGAAAAGGUGCAUUCUGGGAAAUAUACAACAGGCUCUUAGGUUGAGGAACAUGCAGUCGAUUUUUGCAAGAAACGGAUUUGAAACUCCGGAGCCGAUGGAAGCUCAGGUGAAAGGGUCCAUCCCGCCAUGGCUGCAGGGCACUCUGCUGAGGAACGGGCCGGGUCUUUUCUCCGUGGGCGACUCAGAGUACAACCACUGGUUCGAUGGCAUGUCGCUCAUUCACAGCUUCACCUUCAGCCAGGGUCAGGUGACCUACAGGAGUAAGUUUCUGAAGAGUGACACGUACAAAAGGAACAUCGAGGCCAACAGGAUAGUUGUCUCUGAGUUCGGGACCAUGAUCUACCCGGAUCCCUGCAAAAACAUCUUUUCCAGGGCAUUCACGCACCUCAGCAACAUCAUACCCGAUUUCACGGAUAACAACCUGAUCAACAUCGUCCGCUACGGUCAAGACUACUACGCCUCCUCCGAGGUCAACUACAUGAACCAGAUUGAUCCCGACACCUUGGAAACCAUCGGUAGAAUCAACUACAGGAACCACAUCGCUCUGAACCUGGCGACGGCUCACCCCCACUACGACAACGAGGGCAACACCUACAACAUGGGCACCUCCAUCGUGGGCAUGGGCCUGCCCAAGUACGUCAUCUUCAAAGUCCCGGCUGACGCCUCGGACAACAAGAAGCCGGCGCUGAGGAAAGUCCAGCAGGUGUGUUCGAUCCCCUUCCGCUCCGCCCUGUUCCCGAGCUACUACCACAGCUUCGGCAUGACGGAGAACUACGUGGUGUUCGUGGAGCAGCCCUUCAAGCUGGAUAUCGUCAAACUGGCCACUGCCUACUUCAGAGGGGUCAACUGGGGCAGCUGCCUCAAAUUUGACAAGGACGACAUUACUUUGUUUCAUGUCAUUGACAAGAAGACGGGGAAGGCCAACUCCACCCGUUUCCACGGCGACCCACUGGUGGUCUUCCACCACGUCAACGCCUACGAGGCCGAAGGCCACGUGGUCCUCGACCUGAUCGCCUACCGCGACAGCAACUUGUACGAGAUGUUCUACCUGCACAACAUGCGGCAGGAGACCGAGGCCCUAGUGGAGAGCAACAGGAACUCCUCGCCGCCGGUGUGCCAGAGGUUCGUCCUGCCGCUCCACGUCAGCAAGGACGCCCCCGGAGGAUCCGAGCUGGUGACCCUGACAGACACCACUGCCCGGGCGGUGAAGCACGAGGACGGCUCCGUCUACUGCUGGCCGGAAACGCUCUUUGAAGGCCUGGAGUUGCCGGCGAUCAACUACGGCUUCAACGGGAAGAAGUACCGCUACUUCUACGGCUCCAGGAUGGAGUGGUCGCCCCACCCCAACAAGAUCGCAAAGUUUGACCUCGUCACCCGCGAGCACGUGGAGUGGCAGCAGGAGAACUGCUUCCCGUCAGAGCCGGUCUUUGUGGCGUCUCCGGGAGCCGUGGAGGAAGACGACGGCGUGAUCCUGUCCUCCGUCAUCUCGCCGGACCCGAACAUCUCGCCGUUCAUGCUAGUCCUCGACGCCAGGAGCUUGGAGGAGGUGGCCCGGGCCUCCAUCCCGGCCUCCGUCCACAUGGACCUCCACGGGCUCUUCAUCCCGGCCCCCGUGUGAGGGCUUCUGUCCGAGGAGGCGGAGCUUCUGUUUGGUUUGAACAUAAUAGAGUCUCUUUUUGUGAAAUCAAGAAGCCAUAUGCAGACGCUAAGGUUUAGGCAGGUAUUCGUGGAACGGCCUGCUCCCCAGAGGAUGAACCCUUGGAAGGACCCAUAUGUCAUAGUUACUCAGACGAAAGGAAACCAACCUUCAUGUUUCAAAGCCUCACGUUGAUAAUGAAGAUCAGCUUCUAUUCACUGAAAUGGGCCUUUAUUGUCCUUAACUGUGAUGAUUUGAAAUGUACUGUCAAUUGUUUUUGUUAAACUAAAACUGAAAAAGCUUUGAUUAAAUUAAACUUUCUUCUAUUCAUUACUUUAUCUAGUUUGAAUUUAAGGUUGAAAAUGACCACUUCGCAGUAAUGUGUAUUACAUUAAACUCUUUUCAGUGUCCAGGUUUAAAAAAAUGCACUUUUUAAUGCAACCGAUUUAAACACAUUUAAACAUCACAUCGCUCUCUAGGAAAUACUCAAUAGCAAAUAUUCAGUCAGAAGUUUAGAUUUUG